AUUCUUUGCCGUGCUUUCGACUAAAGUGAUGGUCAAAGAACGCAAGUUUGUUGAUUAUUAAAAUAUACAAGAAAUAUGGCAUGUGCAGCCGAAGCUCAAAGCACCGGAUUUACCGGAAGUGAAAUAAAUUUGAUGACACCACAAACAAAGUUAAAAACUUUUAGUAGCUCCUUCCCUGCUGCCAAGCCUAAUAUGGCAAUUCUACCAAAUCAGGAGAUUGAUAAACUGAUUUGCAGAGCUCGCAAAACUUUCAUGAAAGUCUUUCCCCAGUUGCAGGGGUUUAACAAAUGUACAAGUUGCAACCAGGAAGCUUCUCUUGAUGAUUCAAAGCACAUCAUCAGAGGACUGGAUGCUGAACUCAACAGAGUGGUAAAGUUUAAGAAGUUCUCCCAGAUGUCUGAAAAGAUAAAACAUAAAGGAAGUAUGGAAGAACAACAAUAUUAUAUUUUGCAUUGGGCUGAAGAGUUAGAGACUACACAGAAAAAACAAAAGGAAGAUACAUUAUUACAUGAAAAGAAACUUACACCUUCUGAAAAGAGCAGAUUGGAGAGUGAAAUUAAUUGGGAAAGAGCUAAAGAAAUCUUGUCUGACUGGACUUGGAAAAUGAAAGAAAUGAAAGAGAACUCAGUGUGUCCCAAAAGAGAAUAUAAAGAAACACUUAAGGCUAUUUACAAACAGUGCAAGCAGGGAGAGUCCAGCAUACUUCCGGUAAUGGAUUGGAUGAUGUGGACUGUACAGUCAGAAAACUCUGAGGAAUCCUCUCCCAAAAUGUGGAUGAAGAAACAGAAAUCAAAAAAUACAGUUGGAUUACCCGUUCCCAACUCAGUUUGGAAUUGGAUCACAAAGUCAACAGCUUUCGUAGUUCUGGAUCCAAAUACAGCCAACCCAGAUCUCCAGGUCUCUGAAAACAGAAAAUCUGUGAUAGCAAGUAACUACAACUCUGACAUCAAUCAUUGGGAUGGGUUUGAAAGGAAGUGUUCUAGAUAUGAUGGCUGGACUUGUGUUCAAGCUGAAGAGGGUUACAACACAGGUCGUCAUUACUGGGAGGUAAAUGUAAGGAAGAAACGUGAGUGGCGGGUGGGAGUUGUAAAGGAAUCAGCUCCCCGGAAUGGAUAUGUUACUAUGACCCCAAAAGCAGGUUACUGGAAUCUGCGUCUGCAACUGGGGACUGUAAUGGCUCUGACUGCACCUGUCACUAAACUCUACCUGCCAACACCCUCAAGAUUAGGGGUUUAUCUGGACAAAGAUGAGGGUCAGGUCUCCUUCUAUGAUGCAGAAAAACGAAGACAUAUUUACACAUUUAUCACAGACUUUAGUGGGACUGAAAACAUUUACCCAAUGUUUGGCACCAUUGAGACAGACAGAGAGUUGAGGAUUUUAUAGGCACAGCCUACAUCCAAACACAGUUCAUUUUGGAUGGGAACUCUGCAUCUUCUUUAAAUUCACUCUCCUGACUCUGUACCCAGAUUUCUAGCGCUGUGCAUAACCCUUGAUAUAGUUUGUACUAAAAUGUUUUCCCUGGACAGCUGUUGAUAGCAAAUAUUUCUUCUGUUAAUUUCCUUAAAACUCUUUCAUAUACAAACUCUUUUUUUGGGGGGCACGACGUUGCUGUCGGACCAAUGUUUGUUGGUAACCCACUCUGGGCAGCUUGCUUAUUUAGAACCAUUUUACUGGUAACACUUGUAGCCUGUGAGCUAGCUCCUUUUGCCUGUAUCUUGUAUCUAUGAAAUGCAACUAAGAUGGUCAUAUAGCGAGAUAUUGUACCACCAAUAUGCCAAUUAGGUCUUUACCUAUUGUGAGUUCCAUUAGGGGGAGUGUUGUUGGCUCAAAAACUGAUUCAGGACCUCUUUGUGCAUUGGUGGGGUCUUCUCCAUCAUUGAAUGUCAAAAUGGUACCGGUUGAUGCAAUGUGUUUGUUUAAUACUGGCUCUAUGGUGACCACAUAAACAGAAAGUGAUUUUAA